CCGCCCCUCGACGUCACCCCGGGGCGCCGUCGGCGCCGAGCGCAGUUCCCGCUGGAUCCGCCCGGGUGCUGCGGCCGCGGCCCUUCCCGCCGGCAGGAUGUCAGCCAGUAUCCCUGGAAGCUCAAAUGUAGCUGCUGGCAGCAAUCGUCGGCUUCAGCAGACUCAACACCAAGUAGAUGAGGUUGUUGACAUCAUGAGAGUGAAUGUGGACAAGGUGUUGGAGCGAGAUCAGAAGCUGUCAGAGCUGGAUGACCGUGCUGAUGCACUGCAAGCAGGAGCUUCCCAAUUUGAGACCAGUGCAGCCAAGCUGAAAAGGAAGUAUUGGUGGAAGAACUGUAAGAUGUGGGCAAUAUUGAUAGCUGUUGUUGUCAUUAUCAUCAUCAUCAUCAUCAUCGUCGCGACUAGUUCAUGAGUUACAGGAAGAAACUCAGAUCAACUGAAAGUGCCUCUGAAUCUUCAGCCUCUCCACUUCAAACCUGCUGCAUUUUCAGUCCAUUUACUGCUGUUUAAAGCAAAACUAUUUUCAUUACUGAAAUGUUAACUAACUUUACUGGUUGCCUUAAGACACUCCUGCCAUUAAUUACUAACAAGCACAGCUCACCACUUGCACAGUGCCUUAAUAAAGUGGGGUGCAGA